CACAAGAAUCACGCGUCGCGCAGGCCCGGAGGAUGAGCGCGCCGCUCGGUCACAUGACCCUUUCGUUAGCUUUUUAUACGUCGUGGUGCCCUUCAAACGACACUUUCCGCCUAGUGUGUGAUAAGUUCAGGUGUGCCGUCAACUCUCUAACUAAACAAACAUGUCUAAAAUCGGUAUCAACGGAUUCGGCCGUAUUGGUCGUCUGGUGCUCCGCGCCGCCGUCGACAAAGGUGCUGAAGUGGUCGCCGUCAACGACCCCUUCAUCUCCGUCGACUACAUGGUCUACCUCUUCAAAUACGACUCCACCCACGGACGUUUCAAGGGCGAAGUCACCACCGACGGUACCAGCCUCAUCGUCAACGGCAAGGCUAUCCAGGUCUUCCAAGAGAGAGACCCAGCCAACAUUCCAUGGGGCAAAGCCGGUGCCGAAUACAUCGUUGAAUCCACCGGUGUGUUCACCACCAUCGAGAAGGCCUCCGCCCACUUGAAGGGUGGUGCUAAGAAAGUCAUCAUCUCUGCACCAUCUGCCGAUGCCCCAAUGUACGUCUGCGGUGUCAACUUGGACAAAUACAACCCAUCUGACAAGGUAAUCUCCAACGCCUCCUGCACCACCAACUGCUUGGCCCCAUUGGCCAAAGUAAUCCACGACAACUUCGAGAUCGUGGAAGGUUUGAUGACCACCGUACACGCUACCACCGCCACCCAGAAAACUGUCGACGGUCCCUCUGGCAAGUUAUGGCGUGAUGGCCGUGGCGCCGCCCAGAACAUCAUUCCCGCUUCCACCGGAGCUGCCAAAGCCGUCGGCAAGGUUAUCCCAGCCUUGAACGGCAAACUUACCGGUAUGGCUUUCCGUGUCCCAACCCCUGAUGUGUCCGUCGUCGAUUUGACUUGCCGUCUCGGCAAGCCCGCUACCUACGACGAGAUCAAGCAGAAGGUUAAGGAGGCCGCCGAAGGUCCAUUGAAGGGAAUCUUGGGCUACACUGAAGACCAGGUCGUCUCCACCGAUUUCCAGAGCGACACUCACUCAUCAGUAUUCGAUGCCGCUGCCGGUAUCUCUUUGAACAACCAAUUCGUCAAGCUCAUCUCGUGGUACGACAACGAGUACGGCUACUCCCACAGAGUCGUCGACUUGAUCAAGUACAUCCAAACCAAGGAUUAGAUUGCUGGUUAGGAUUUAACAGAAACACACACAAAUAUUAACAGUGGGUGGUCUUGUUUCGUUGAAUAAUAUGCAGACUUGUAGUCCGUAGUUUGUGGCUUUGCACCACACCACAUAUUGUUUUGUGAACGUACUAUUGUAAUUUUUAUUUAUCUUCAUUUAUUUAAAAUAAAUGUUUAAAACUCUAAAAA